AUGGCGCGGUUCUCCCUUUCACGGUCGUCGGAGCGUUGCUCUCAUCCACGGGCUCCUGCGCGGUGCUCUCCUCCACGGGUGUCGGCGCGGUGCUCUCCUCCACUGGCAUCGGCGCGGUGCUGUCCUCCACGCACGCUGCUCCAUGGCUCCCCCUCUUCCUAUCUCGGCUCCAAGUACAGGCCUGUCUCGCCUUCUCCUCUUCGCAAGGCCUGUCUCGCCUUCUCCUCUUCGAGAAAUCCCUCUCCUUCUCCCGUUUCCACUUCUUCCCCUGUCUCGCCUUCUCCUCUUCGCAAGGGCUGUAACCCCCCUCCUCCUCCUCUGCUUAUUGCUUCUAUUCUUAAAGCUCUGUUAAGGUACGGAAAGAAGCAGUUUGCAGUUUGA